AAUGGCUGUGCGUUUGAACGCAAGGCGCUGCCCAAGUGCAAUCCCAGAAGCCACCAUGACAACCCGCCGACGCCCGAACCCGAUGGCCGUGCUCGCCGUGCCCGAGCUCGUCGAGCUCAUGGCUCGCUACGUCCAGAACAUCUGGUCCUUGACCGAGUUCAUCGCUUCGCUGCCGCCUCCGGCUGUGACGCCCCACUUGGCCGCCAUUGCGGCGCUGGCCGCGCUCCCCGACGUCGUCCGCAUCCAGUGGCCCAAGGUCUAUGUCCUCUCGCUCCCAGACGACGCGACGCUGCAGCACCUGCUCGAGGCACAAGCGCUUGGCGCGAUCGUAGCCGUGAUGGACGUGGACAGAGACGGCCCCGACGCACGGACGCCACGAGAGCUCCUCCGUCGGCUCCAGCCCGUCGUCAACCACGUCACGGUCGUCACCAACCUGAGCCACAUUCAGGCGCUUCAGAGCAUGCUCUGCGCGUGCCCACGCCUGCACAGCCUCGUCUUCGAGCACUCGCAUCACUGGGCCGGCAUCACCAUGUCGAUGGUCGCCGAUGUCUUUGCCAACCUCCCGCUCGCGCAGCUGCGCACGCUCGUGCUCCGCGGCAAGUUUCCGGCGUCCGCCGCGCUGGCCAUUGCAAGUAUGCUAAGAAACGGAUGCUGCACGCGCCUUGGACUUGCCAACGUCGAGUUUGUCAACUUGCGCGCCGAGGACAGAGCGACGUUGUGCGAGGCGAUCGCUACCUGCACCACGCUGCGCGACCUCUGCAUCGAAAAGACAAUUGAUAUCAGCACACGCUUUUUGCAGCAAGAGCAGCUGCCCCACCAACUGCAGCACUUUCGUCUCGACGUGUCGACCCCACGCGAGCUCUUCUUUCACAACUGCUCGGACGCCGUCAUGACGAGUCUCUCGUCGAUGCUAUCAGAAGCGCCACGCCUCACGCAGCUCGAAGGCCGCUUUGUGACGCAGUUGGCCGAGACGCACGAGGUCUUGAGCCGGCUCACGACCCUGCGCAUCGAGGUCUGUGCGUUGGAUGAAAAGCUGCUGAACCGGCUCGUCGCGCUCGUGCCACGGCUCGUGUCGCUGCGGCAGCUCGAUCUGCACGAGUUUAGCGUCAAACCCCGCAUUGGCGCUUCCCUUGCGACGGCGCUCACGCAGUGCGCAAAGCUGCAGUACUUGAGCGCGGUCGCAGAGACGAUGGAGGCAAUGAAGUGGCUGGCCACGGUGCUCUCGGGCUGCCCGCAGCUGCACGCGAUCAAACUGCAACUGCUGUCGCGCUGCUACGACGACCUCAUCGAGCUCGUGAGAUCGCUCCAGGCGGCGUCGCCGGCCUUGCGCUGGAUCGUCUUGGAGAAACAAGCAUGGCCAAUCUCGGGCCAGGCGAAGAAGACCAAGACGCUGGCUGCGAUGAAUGUGACGCUUGAGUACGUGGAUAUGGACAUGUGCAGCGAGCGAGAGCGGGAUACGUACGCCUACUGGGACGCCAAGGCCGCCAAGCACCAGCGCCUCGUGGUCUUUCUCUACUACUGCCCCAAGUACCGAUUUGUCUUUGAUUAAUGUACUGUUUAUGAACCAUUGACGAUGUGAUGCCCAGG